AUGUUUAAUCGUACUACCGAAUUGAAAUCCAAGCAUCCCUGUCCAGUAUGUACGAGACGAAAAGUCAAAUGUGACCGUAUGAUACCGUGCGGGAACUGCAGAAAGAGGGGACAGGAUUCGGAAUGCAUAAAAUUGUCGAAAGUGAUAACAACCUCAUCUUCUAAGGAAUAUCUUCCUGAUCUAUUACUAUUCUGGCAAAACUAUGAAUACUGGAUUACAAACAUUGGGCUAUACAAAACGAAAUCGAAUGAUCUCAAUAGAAUACCGUCUACUUUGGGCAGAGACAUCGAAGAGUGCAGGUUUUGGAUGAAUUAUCUCGAAAGAGACCAAUCGUUUCAACUAAUGAACUUUGCAAUGGAAAAUUUAGGUGCUUUGUAUUUUGGGUCCAUUGGGGAUAUCAGCGAACUGUACCUCAGGGUAGAGCAGUACUGGAGUAGAAGACAAGACGAGAAGUACAGCGUUGACAGUCGAUACUGGGAUGCGCUGAUAUGGUCUGUCUUUACCAUGUGCAUUUAUUACAUGCCAGUUGAGAAACUAUCGGAGAUAUUUUCUGUAUACCCUCUUCAAGAACAACUGGGUAGUGAUAAAGAGCUGAGCUGGGGAGACAGCUUGCAGUCAAUUAUGUUCAAAAACUUUGCACGCUGCACGCUCUUACAAUUGAAAGAAUGCGAUUUCAUGGCACAUGCUGAUAUAAGGUUCAUUCAGUCAUAUCUGAUUCUUGCUACCACAACUUUUUCAUAUGAGGAACCAUUGUUGGCAAACUCGCUACUAACACAGUGUAUUCACAUUUUUAAAAGUUUUCAUGUGGACGAUUUUAGACCGUUACUCAAUGAUGAUCCUGUCGAAAGUAUAGCAAAAGUAACUUUGGGAAGGAUUUUUUAUCGUUUGUGUGGGUGCGACUAUCUUCAAUCCGGGCCACGCAAACCAAUCGAACUUCAUACAGAAGUCUCUUCUUUACUACAACAUGCAGCUUAUUUACAGGAUUUGCCUAAUGUCGAUGUCUACAGAGAGGAAAACAGCACGGAAGUUCUGCAUUGGAAAAUCAUGUCAUUAGAUAGGGAUUUAGAUCAGUACUUGAACAAAGCAUCAAAACCACCCUUAAAAACAUUAGAUGCCAUCAAGCGCGAGCUGGAUAUCCUUCAAUACAAGGUAGACUCGUUGGAGGAAGAUUCUAGAUCAAGUCAUAGUAAAUUUGAAAAGUUUAUUGCAGUUUUUCAAACAUCUACUGUUUCAUGGAAAUUAUUCAAAAUGUAUUUAAUAUAUUAUGACACAUCAGAUUCGUUGCCAAAAGUUAUACACUAUUCUAAAGUAAUCAUCGGUCUUAUCGUCAAGAACUUUCAAAUGGAAAUUGACUUUUUUAAUAGACACCCAAUGGUGCUGCAGACCGUUACGAGGGCGGUAUCUUUCAUGUGCUUUUAUCAAAUAUUCAUAGAAUCGAAGGCUAUCCAAGAACUUCUAAUAGACCUCACUGAACUUACUGCAAAUCUUCCUCCGAUAUUUGGUUCAAAAUUAGAUAAGCUAGUUUAUUUGAUCGAAAGGUUUAAUAAAUUGAAACAGCUAUGGGACAAUAUCAGACUUUCAGACUCCGGUGAUUCAUUUCAUCAUCCUGUUUUCAAAAUUUUACAAAAUGAUGUCAAGAUAAUUGAAUUAAAAAAUAACGAAAUGUUUUCCCUCAUCAAGGGACUAGGGUCCUUAGUUCCACUGAACAGACUCAGAGAAGAAUCUCUGCUUGGGGAGGAAGAUGAAGAAAGUACGGAGUCCAGGGAGUUUAGAGAUAUUGUGGAAGACUUCCAAUCCGAAUAUAGCAUUACUAAUAUACUCUCCUGA